AUGGACAAGGUGGAUGUGGUGCCCGUUGACGUACACAUCGCCCGAGCGGCAAUGCUUCGUGGCAUAGAAGUGCCCAAAUCUCGGUCCUUAACUGAAAGGGCCUAUAAAUGCAUUUCUGAGGGGUUGUCCCAUCUUUGGUCACCCUACGCCGGCUGGGCACAAGUGGUAAGCAAUCUGUCCCAAUAUGUAAUACAUUAUACUAUAUAAUUCGAUAUAUGUCGUACCGACUCCGUACAUUAAGGACGUCUCGGAGGCCGUCAGUCGCCUUCUCGCACCACUCGGUGUUAGGCUCGCACACAGACCGGAGGCAGCCAUUGGGCGUCAGGUAUUAAGACCAAAAGUCCUAAUACCACGACAAAAACAUCGGGAGUCGUUUAUCGAAUCUGGUACAGUUGCGGGCAAAGCAAUUAUGUUGGGAAAACUGGAAGAAUGCUCCAGAUGCGAAUCGCCGAACACGCGGCAGCAGUGCGGAGAAAUGAUGCCUACUCUGGAGUCGCGGCCCAUUCGACGUGACCCGGCCACACAUUAAAGUUUGGUGAGGACAAAAUUUUGGCGAGAGGUGAUAAUCGCGUAAGGCGCGAGUUGCUCGAAUCAUUAUUUAGGGGACCUCUGCCUAUUAACAAGUGCAGUAAUAUCCCCACUCCAUAUUCGGUACUGAGACUUGAUCUGGCCAAAGUAAUUAUCCACUCAGGGAGAACACAGGCCGGUGAGCCAGGUGGCCGACCGAUCAUCACUCCAAAAUUCAACACAAAUGAUAAAAUUUCUGCAAUUCACAACUUGCAUGUCGGCCAUCAAGAAAUUAGCGCACCAGGGGACAGCCAUUCUCGAUGAAGGGGACAGCCGUUAAUUAUCACAGGUAUGCAGUAGCAUAGUGACUGCGUCCUUUGAAUACUGCUACUUCCUGUGUAUGAAUUACCUGUGUCUGACACUGUCUCUGAUGAUGGGUUCGAGUGUGAAUCCUAAACGUCAGACGAACAAAGCCCUUGUUCCAUUGGUUGCAUCUACUUCUUACCAACUUCUUCCUGGAACUCGCAUUUUCGCUUGCAUCGGCGAGACGUUCCAUUGUUAAACAGAAAAUAAAUUUUACCAUUUGUUGGACAUUCUGAAAACGGUACAAGUUGCUCCGCUGGUGCCCUCUAUUAUCAAAGUAUAGUGCUUACGAAAUUGCUUUACUCGGGCGAGCUCACCGAAAAAGGAGAAAUUGAGUCCUAGGCCUUUUCACUAAUUAGCCUAUUUUCUUCAGAUCGCCUUCUCGCUCCAUCUACAUGGCGUUGGUGGAACAAACUCCAGGUGAUUUACACAUUUUUCUAUUUUAACUACCUUUUUCCCCUUCAUUACCCAUUUGUAGGCAAUCUCUCUCAGCACAAGGUUCCGUUAAUGCCUUAGACAUUUCUACAACUUGAAGCUCUCGAUAUAGUCCGUUUUAAUGUUCGUAUAGAACCUUUAGUACAGUCCAACUAAGCUAAAACUUUGUUUUUUUCGUUUCAAAUCAGAUUUAGCUAUAGUUAUCUUGACCAAUAUCAGACUGCUAGGCGGUUGCCUUUUUGUGACCUCUGCCCCCUAUACGGAACUUUUUUGCUUCAAAAAGCCAGUAAAUCGGCAUGAACGACUUUCCCAUCGUAUAUACAUACAGUACGUUACUUAACUCAUUAAAUGUAUGGAAAUUUACGAAUUAUUGCCAAUCACUCGCACACCGACACCAUUUCAUGAGUCCAAUGUCUAUGUUAAUUUAGUAAAAGUUUAAAAAAAUAAAAACAUAGAAGAAAUAUUAAAGGCGGUGUUGCGUCGUUUAGAAUUGCCGAUUUUUUAGAAAAACGCAAUACCCCAAGACGUCAGAAAUGGUUCUAAUUUAGUAAACUUCGUUUUUAGAGGUAUAGAAUGUAUUAUCAUACCAAAAACGUAGUAAACAUGAAAGUGGAAAUAAAAUAACAUCUUAUAAUAGUGUUUCAGUGAAGCUUACAUCUAAAUAUCGUUUAAUAUUUAGUGUGGUUUCAUAUAUGACGGUUUGUUAACUGCUUACAUUCUGAGUGUAGAUUCCAAAACAGUUUUCCAGGGAUUCGUGGUAUUCUUGACUCAUUUGAGUUAAUGAGAUGGGGUUCAACAAGAGGAACUGGAUUUUGCUUGAUCUGACCGAUGCGGACGUCGUAGUAACAAAAGUUUUCAUAAGUUGACGUGCUGUCAGGCCGAUCGGUUCCUAAUAACUUUAAAUAGAACUGACAGGCGCGAUCGUAAACAUACCAUUUUGUGUUUCUAGAGAGAGCUUUUCUUCCGUCAAAUCAAUUUAAACUUUUCAUUCGUUUUGGAUUACGUUAAUUUUCAGAUCGGCCUCGAAAUGUUGAUGAAUACUUCAUGAUUUUCAGUGUUUUCAUCUGAUCGUCCAUAAGGGCAGAUUCUGAAUUACCUGUCUCUUUAGAACUUUAAAAUAAGAUUAUUUCCGAAGGCAUUUACCGAAUAAGUGAGUGUUCGGGCGCUCCUUUUCAAGUAGAUUGUCGUUUGGGUCACAUGUGAAGACACAUUCGAACAUCAAAUUUCAUUUUCGAGAAAAACGGCUGUCCACAACGAAACUCAGCAACGUAUAUGCCUUCGAUCAAUAAGAUAACUUUCCUUUAUAAGUUACCUUGUCCUGUCGGUUUCGAUCGGGAAUAUACAAUGGUAGAGGGGCGCUCACCGAUCGUUCCUACGGAACUCACUCGUUCCGUUGUGUCAUUCCAGUCUCCCUUGUCUUUGUUGAUAAUAACAUACUGCCUAUAUCAUGCGCCGCUGUGUGGCUGCUGGUUGGCCUCGAGAAAGAGAGAGCCCGUAAUGCACUACGGAACGAGUUAGUUCCGUAAGAACGAUCGGUGAGCGUCCCUCAACCAUUGUAUAUUCCUGAUCGAAACCGACAGGAGAACGGGCCCGUGGCCCAGGUUUUCUGGUUAUAGCCUAUCAGACGCCCGCAAACCUUGGAGCCCAGAAGGGUGACACACAGCCCUGCAUUUGCCUGGCGCGUAAAUGUUCGAGGUCCGGAUAUCUUCUCGCGUUCAUCAUCCUUUGACGAAGACAAGGUAGAAGAGAGGGCGAUUUCAUGGCCCGAACUCUAUUUGGACUGACGUUCCGGAUACGUCGCUUCUAUCAUUAGAGUUUUGUGGUUGUUGCCCGCCUCAUAUUGUAACCGUGCUCGUCGCACGAACUUUGACCUGCCCGUUUGCUGCCGACUAGCUUUGCCCUCCCCCCUUCCCCCGCGUGACCGUUGUCCCCUUGUGGGCCGGUGUAGUUGUAGCCAAGUCAACGUGGUUGUCGGCCUCCCCCGCGUCAGUCCGCCGACUGAUCACUUGCCGUUCGGACGAGUUGCUUUCAGCCUCGCAUGCGCGCCAGUGAGGCAGUGUUAGAUGCUGGUCAUUUGACCUCUGGCUAUCCCCCCCCCUCUUUCCAGCGUGUGUUGUCUCUCGGGUUCGCCUGCUUAGCUGUCCAUUGUACCCUCCCCGAGCCUAUUAAGUAGCGUCUGGUAGGCGGGAUGCAGGUUUAUGGCCCGGUUGACUGUGUCCGUCAAGGUCGUCGAGUCAGGAAGUAAUGUUUGACAUUGGAGCGAAUUCCUUGGGAUAAACUUUCUCAUCAAAUCAAAAUCAAAACAUUCCAUCGCGGAGGAUAAUCCAGAAACUUCAUAGGAACGCUGGUUGACCAACUUAUGUGUGGUAUUUCUCGUAAUUGGGUCGUACAGCAGCACAAAUUCGACAAAGCACUGUGGCAAAUCUAUCAGUAUUUAUAUACUAGUGGACGACCUGUUGACGGAGUACUAGUAUUACGCGGUUAUUUCGUUGCAGUCGAUGGAUUUUAGCUGAUAUAUUUGGCAGGGCACGAGAAUAUGCAUCCUCCAUGUUAAGUGUAGUCCUACGCCAAAUCCAGGGGGUUAAGGCUGAAACUAGGACACGGGAAUAGGUGCCUCUCUGGAAUUCAGCGCAAGGUCACCUAUACUACGAGGAGCCCAUUUCCACCUGUCCGACCAAAUAUUCAUAUCAACUUUUGGACUGAAACUGAAGGGUCUUGUUUCUAACAAUUUACUAAGAGUUCACCAAUUAAGUUCUUUGUGUAUCUGAAGAAUUCGAUGGACCUUGUUUAAAAAAUGCCUUUUCCCCCGACGCCCAUGUAGUUCAGCCUGCUAGCAUCGUCAAGUGCUGACGCCCGAAACGGUCGUUGGAUUAGUAUAGAGGUCUGCCGUCCGCCUCUCCGUCAGUGUGCGACGGGCACACAUGUGCUCGUUGCGAUGUUUGCUGCGCGGAUCGAUAAUGGCCCCUGGUGUGGGAUAUACGUCGCCGUGCGAUCGUUAACACUCCCACUUUUUAGUCGCUAGGGCUGAUAGCUGCCGGCCGUCUAUGGGCCGCGAUGGCGACUGGCAUGCUUGUCCGUCACGUCUGGCUGAGGUUGUGAAGAGGAACGUAAUAUUGGCGGUUGGCCAGUCGAUCGAUCGAAUUUACCUGGAGAACCGGGCUUCGGACGGUAUAAUUUAUCUACCGAGAAGCUUUGCAAUGUUCUAGCCGGAUGUGUGCCUUCCUUUCAGCAACGUGAGCGUUGGGGUCUGUGCGCCAUCUGAUGUUCGUGUAGACGGGUCGCCGCCGGUCCCUGAGCACAGUUGCAAUCACCGUCUAUACACUAUCCUGCACAUCGCGGCCGGGUUCAUCCACAGAGCAGGGGGUCCGUGGGCUGCGGCAGAGUCCGGCGAUGUGGCUUAUGGUCUGUAGGCUAUCCCACAGCCAAGACGUACAUACGCUGUGCAGCUGUCAUUAUGCCUGGUCCACCGUCCUCGAUGUAGCGGAUUGCGUUCUCCCCACGCAGCGAACCUGGAGAGGUCGACCCGUGCUUUAUACCAGCUUUCUUCUGGGUGAACUAUAUCGGGCCAUAUUUUGAGUGAAUCCUCUCGCCGCCUUCAAUUACCUAGUGGCAGGUCUUGAAGGGCAUUAGCACUGAACUCACGGGACAGGGGAGCAUAUCUCUCUUCAAUUUCUUGUGGCCUACCUUCUAAUGUGUUAUGGAAAAGAAGUGAAUAUGCUAUUUAGCCAAAAAUAUAGUUAUGUGAAGUAUCACCUCAACGAUUACUUUGCCAUAGUCCCAUCACAAUUUGCAGUUAGUGCCUGGUCAUUUGACUGCCCUUCGGUUUGAUUCGCUCAGACUUACUAUUUGAUCCCAUUUAUCCACAACUGGCUAACCAUCGCAAGACUAGCCAACAUCGUUCUAUCCUUAAAAGCCACAUGUAGAGUAGAGAAGUGAAGUUCUCGCACUGGGGCUCACAACACCGAACGAGCUUGUUGAACAGUGUAUGCCAACCUGUCAUCUUCUCUCACCUAACUUGCUUCUCCUUUUGUAGAAAAGUGCGUUCUCUCAACCCCCUGACACUGCCACCGCCAGCAAGCUAUAAGAAAAGGAGGAAGCCCAACCAGGCCACUUAG